AUGUUUAGUUUAAGGCACGAUGAAUGUCUCUUCUCAGUAUUACCUCAACUUUUUGCUAUUGAGAAAAUUGAUUCACAUAGAAGAAUACCUGCUUUUCUAUGUUCACGAUUUAUACGUUCCGUUAUUUCGUUCGAACUCGAUGAAGAUUGUAUUCUACCAACAUUAGUUAAUAAUGACGAUUUGUUCUUUCCUCAAUCAUCUCAUCUUACUCACAUUCGUAUCACAUUACGUUACUUCAAUGAUUGUAUUCAUUUACUCAAUCAGUUAGGCGCACAACUUCACUCGUUCGGUGUGAGCUUUACACAUACCAAUAUACGACAAUAUAGGACAAUAUCACGAAUAGCAUCUAUAUCCUGUCCUUAUUUGAAAGAAUUAACAAUAACAAGUUAUCGCAAUAUUCCUUAUUAUGAUCCAUUUGUUGUUCCUCUUUUACAACGUUUGACAACUAUCGAAUAUUUGACAUUAUUAUUAGCUGUUGGUGUAGAGAAAUUUGUACCACGUCACUUUAUUGAUGGAUACGGUUUACAAAGAGAUAUUAUUUCUUAUAUGCCUCAUUUACGUCAAUUUCAUUUUCAUAUUCGUUCAAUAGUAGCAUAUGCUUCUCAUAUAGAUAUCGAUACAAUUCGUCAAAGUUUUGUCCAUCAAGAACAAUCUGUUGAUUGUGUACUUGAUUAUUCCAAUAAUAGCUGUGGUCAAUUUCAAAUUUUUUCACUUCCAUUUAUUGGUACUCGUCUUGAUUUUAUCUCAAAUCGAUUUCCGCUUUUCGAUGAAAAUAAAAACACUUUUUCAAAUGUUACAACAAUAUUACUUUUUGAUGAUGUAAAGCCUUUUGAAUAUAAUUUUUUUAGACUCGUUUCUCGAGCUUUACCUCAUCUUAAAUCACUUGAAGUAUUUAAUCGACUUGAACAAGAAGAGAAAACAAUGAUAACAACAAAUUUAAUUGAAUUUCCUCAUUUGGCUACACUUAUCUUGGAUGAUAUACAUAUGGAUUAUACUAAACAAUUUCUUUGUCGAACUCAUCUUCCAUGUUUAGUAGAACUUCUCAUUCACUAUGAACCAUUAUCAACAAUUAUCGCUCAACAUCCAGAAGAAGCUAGAAAUAACUGUUCGAAAAUCGAAUUUCUUUAUUUUGUUGAUGUAUCUACUGAUCCAACAGAUCCUCUUCUCAAUUUUUUUCCAACCUUGCACUGUAAAAUUAGUAAAAGUACUUGA